UGUUAUAGCCACUUACGCGGGUAGUAAUAACUCUACGUUGUCGUUUCGAACUUAGUUACUCGGCGGACACCGUCGGAGUAGGUCGUGUAUUUGUUCAUAUUGGUUGUCGUGAUGACUGUCUGUUAUUCGUUGUUAGCUCCAAAGUGAUAAGAAAGAAUUUUCAGGCGAAAAGCCUGAAAAUAAGCAGGAACCAAAGAGCAUAUAUUAGUUUUAAACAGUGUUUCGAAACGGUAUGUUUGUAUUUCGGAUUUAAAGUGGCGCGCGCGCGCGGCUGAAUCAUUUCCAAAGGUUGGUAAGACUGUUCGGAAAAUUCGGAAAGUGAACAGGUGUUUUUUGAAUGGAUUAGGGAGAAUAGGUGACGAGGACGCAAAAGGAUUUGCGAAUGGUGAAGAAUCAAGGAACAGUGUGACAUUUGUGAAUAAUUAUUAAUUUAAGAAAAUGCAUUGGGAUUUAUGUUUCAAGUCAAGUUAUUGUAAAAAAAUGAGGUAAACAGGCAGAGGCAAUUAUGACAUUCAUAGAUGACAAGGAUAGUCUGCAAACAACAUAACAGCUCUGUUAUAUAGUCGAGAGAAUAGAAGCGAAGGUUAAAUAUGCCACACCAGUUUGGUUUGCCGACGAUGGCGCAUGGAAUGCAAUCUCCUCCUUCGCCGACUUCGGUCAUGUCGGUUUACCCUCGAUUUGGAUCCAGUGUCUAUAGACCGGAUCAUCAAGAUCAAAGGUUGACACGCGAAGCAAUGGAACGUUAUUUGCGCGAUAGAAGCGACAUGGUUAUUGUAAUUCUUCACGCAAAGGUUGCACAAAAGUCGUACGGUAACGAGAAACGAUUCUUCUGCCCUCCACCGUGUAUCUAUUUGUUUGGCGAUGGGUGGAGAAUGCGGCAAGAGCAGAUGCUUCGCGAGGGAGAGAGCGAGCAAUCCGCUCAGCUUUGCGCGUUUAUCGGAAUCGGUAAUUCCGAUCAAGACAUGCAACAAUUGGAUCUGAACAAUGGUAAACAGUAUUGCGCGGCAAAGACGCUUUAUAUUUCAGAUUCGGAUAAGAGGAAGCACUUUAUGCUGUCGGUGAAAAUGUUUUAUGGCAGCGGACACGAUAUCGGUGUGUUUCAUAGUAAACGAAUCAAAGUGAUCUCGAAGCCCUCAAAGAAGAAGCAAUCGUUGAAAAAUGCCGAUUUGUGUAUAGCCAGCGGGACAAAAGUCGCGCUGUUCAAUCGGUUGCGAUCUCAGACAGUUAGCACGCGUUAUCUUCACGUGGAGAACGGAAAUUUUCAUGCGAGCUCGACGCAAUGGGGCGCGUUCACCAUACACUUGUUGGACGACAACGAGAGCGAGUCGGAGGAGUUUCAGGUGCGAGAUGGUUAUGUACAUUAUGGCAGUACAGUGAAAUUGGUAUGUUCGGUAACGGGAAUGGCGCUUCCACGUUUAGUAAUUCGGAAAGUGGACAAGCAAAUGGCUAGCUUAGAAGCGGACGAUCCAGUUUCGCAGUUGCACAAAUGCGCCUUCUAUAUGAAAGACACAGACCACAUGUACCUCUGUUUGUCUCAAGAACGUAUUAUCCAAUUUCAAGCUACUCCUUGUCCGAAGGAGGCGAACAAAGAGAUGAUAAACGACGGUGCCUGUUGGACAAUAAUCAGCACUGAUAAGGCGGAAUAUCAGUUCUUCGAAGGCAUGGGUCCGGUUAGAUCACCGGUGACACCGGUACCAUUGGUCCACAGUUUGCACUUGAACGGUGGCGGCGACGUGGCAAUGCUCGAAUUAACGGGAGAUAAUUUUACGCCUAAUCUUCAGGUAUGGUUCGGUGAUGUUGAAGCGGAAACUAUGUACAGGUGUCAAGAGAGUAUGCUUUGCGUGGUGCCAGAUAUAUCACAAUUCAGGGGUGAAUGGCUCUGGGUACGGCAACCGACACAGGUGCCCGUUUCGUUGGUUCGCAACGAUGGUAUUAUCUACGCGACUGGCCUAACGUUUACCUACACUCCAGAGCCUGGUCCACGGCCUCACUGUCCCCCCGCGGAUGAAAUCAUGAGAGCACCGCGCGCCAUGCAUAAUCAAGCGAGCAUGCCACCCGCGAUCGCGGAUGUACCUUGGAACACCCAUCAACCACCUCAGUCGGGCCUCUGAUGUUUUCUAGAGAGUUACAGUGUGCAUCACCAAAGUUUACGAGUUAGCGAGACGAACGCUGAUACUCUCGUUCAAUCUCCAAACGAUAUUUCGGUUGCCUCUAUCGAUAGCAACGAGCCUGUCAGUGACGAUGCCAACUCCGCGGCAACCUACGCGGCGAAAGACCUGUUGCUCCGAAUCGAUGGCGUUGCAACGAGUUUAGACAAUACAAAAUCCAGCACGUAGCAACCGUGUCUCGCUACAUUACGUUGCAUUGCGUCGCAUUACGUUGCGUUCUGUUGCGUUAUGUUACGUUGGAUGUGUGUACAGUGUGCCGUACCGAGAAUCGUUUCUCUAUGUUCAUAAGUACGUAGGUUCCUAGCUUUAAGUGUUAAUACAGAAUUACACACAGGGAUUAGAAUUUAUAGCGAUCAUAGAAUUAAGAGCUUUUUACGAAUGUGAAUAUAUUUAGCUAAUUAGUUGAUAAAAUUAAUGAGUGGGAAGGGGGAGGAUAAACUCGAGGACUUGUUCACCUUGUUAAACGACGAAACGAAACGCGUGCUAUGAAAUCUCUGCGUCGUAUUAGACCAGCUAUCAAGACUUGAACGGCUUAGACCGUGUAAUUGCAUAUCGAUCAUUAGAAAUGAUUGUACAUUUCUCGUCGGCUGGUUCGUUCUUCGAAAGAUCAGUCUUGUUCGAUCGAGGGAAUCUUGUUUGGUUUUAAAUUGACCGUUGACACACUACAAGUAUGUUGACACUACACACGCGAUAUGUAACAUAUAUGCCUACACGUGUGUAUGCAUAAUUUUUAGCAUGCUCUUGCUGCUAAUUUUUUACAUUUAUAAAAUCGUAAGACAAGCUUUUAAAAGCUAUCGUCUUUAUUUAGAAAUGAAAGACGAGUGACUUGCGAAUAUCGACCAAGAUACGAGUUAAGUAUGCGAGGCAAAUAUUCAAACGAUUCUUCAUUUUUCAUCAUUGAAUUGGAAAUUUCCAUCUAUUACGUUUCUUCCUUCCUUUCAUAAUAUCUCGGACUAUUUCAAACGUAAUUUAAUUGUUUAAAGCGUAUGCUAUUUUACAUACUACAUGCAUCGAUGCAAAACUGAUGGAACUUUAUAAUCGCAUUUCUCUCAUAAUACAUGACGCAGCAUGUAACAUUUCAGACCAGUUGUCAUGUCAGUUUUGUAAAGAUUUUCUUUUUAUAGAAAUUAUACAGAUGAAAAGGAUCAAUAGUAUCUUGUCGAAAUGGCAAUUCAAUUAUGGUUGAUUUUGUGCGCUAACCAUAUUUUACCUUACUGACGAUUAUUUAUUUCCAUAAUUAAUGUACUAUUUCGUCAAUGAAACCUUUAAUUGCUUUUUUUAAUGUAGACAUUGAAAUAUUGUGCACGCUUCCUAUUAAUCUCACUGAUCACUGAUAUCUUGAUUUUUUAAACAAAAUUCUUGGUAUCAUCCAUAGAAACGACAAUAUGCUUAUUCGCGUGAAAAUACGAUGUAUAUCGGUGCAUUUUAAAUGAAUAACACGAAAGAAAAGUCUAAAUAUAUACGUUUUUAUGUCUCUCUAUGUUUUACAAUAAAUUGGAAAGUUUUAUAUAA